AUGGACUCUGUUGCUAGAGUUGGAAAGUCCAAGAUUAGACCUGAUGAUAUAGGUCUUCUAGUUAACUUUUUUCUUUUGCAAGAGUUGAAUGCGUGCAGCUCUUCUGCUUUUCCAUCUUCAGAGGAUUCGAAUCCUUGUCCCAUCUGCCUCGCACCCAUCUUUCGACUUUCUUAUCUUGACAAAUGUUUCCAUAAAUUCUGUUACAAAUGCAUAUUACAAUGGACCAGAGUUGUUGCUAGCAAACAGUCUGACCCGUCUUCCUCCGUAAAAUGUCCUUUGUGCAAGACAGAUAAUUUUUCGAUUAUACAUGGAUAUGAUGGAUGUUCGUUUCAAAAGCACUACAUCAACCAGGAUUCAGGGAAUUGCUUUGUCUUAUCAAGUGCUCACAAGUAUAGGUUACAGUGCUAUUAUACUGAACCAGGUUUCUUAGAUGACAUUUUUGAUGCAUCACGGUAUUGGAAGUCCUUUAAGUAUCUUCAGCCAAACUGUUGGCUUCAAAGUUGGUUGAGAAGGGAAAUCCAAGCUCUUAUGCAGGAAGAAGAUGUUGACAUCAUCAUGCACCACAUAUUUGGCGUGAUUAAAUCUCUCAUGAGUCAUAAGCAAAAAUGUCAGACGAUAACAUGUGAAGCAAAACAAAGAGAAUUUCAAGAGGCAAUCUCCGAUGCAGCAAGGCCUUUCCUAGCCACAAGAACUGACCGAUUUGUGAAUGAGGUGGAACUAUUUCUUGCUUCAGGUUUAAACAUUGAAGCAUAUGAUGCUGUGUGCAUUCAGCGUUUAGGUUGGAGUGCUCGCGGAGUAACUACUGAGGCCACUGCAGAAGGAGAAAUUGCCGAGCACAGACCUGUUAUCCCUUACUUGCAUAUUUUUGAUGACUUUGACAGCAGUGAUUGAAAGUUCCAUUUUCCUGGUAUGUAUGGAAGUCGCUUCAAUUCAGUUUCAGCGUUAAACACUUUGAGCACCAGUGUUUGUGAAGGAAUUUGAAACAUAAUAUUUGAAGCCUAAAUCCCUACCGUUUUCGUUGGUUUGUGCCUUC